AAAUAGAUCUGUGGUACAUCUUCUAACCUCAAAAAAUAUUAACUUAUAUUUAUACCAGUAAAGCAAUAUUUCAUAUUUUCUAAAACAUAUUUUUCAACUGAUUACUAUUAAGAAAUGUGUCCAACCGAUAAAUUAGCCCCUAUAUCCGCAAUGGUAGAUUCAGAUAGUGAUGACAGCAGUGUUAGCAUGAGUGAUUCUGAUGAACAACCAAGUGGUAAUGAAGAAAAUCCUAUAGAUGAGGAAGAAAAUGAAGAAAAUCCUAUAGAUGAGGAAGAAGAUGAAGUUAUAAAGGCUAUUCGACUUGCAUCAAAAAAGAAAAAAAAUCAUCCACCACCGAUCAGACUAGAAGAAGAUCUUACAUCUAUUUCAUUCCACCCUCAUGAAGAUAUUCUAGCAGUAUCGGAUGCUUUGGGAGAUGUUAAUUUAUAUAAAUAUUCACUUGAAGAAAAUACUAAUAUUGGCACUUUGGAACUCCAUACUAGAUCAUGUAGAGGUAUGGACUUCAGCCAUGAUGGCAAAACUCUGUUCACUAUUGGUUCAGACAAAGCUAUCAUGUUGAGCGAUAUGGCUACAAAAAAGUUGAUAAAAUUUUAUGAAGAUGCUCACGACAGUCCAAUGUAUUGCAUAUCAGUACUUGGAGAACAUAUUUUUGGUACAGGUGAUGAUGAUGGUCAUAUUAGGUUGUGGGACCCAAGAGUACCUCAACAAAUAUAUAAAGCUAGAAGAAAUGAGGAAUACAUAAGUCAAAUGAUAACAAAUGAAGAAGAAAAAUAUUUAUUAUGUACAAGUGGGGAUGGUUCCUUGACGACUUUUGAUUUAAGAAAUAGGAAUUUCUUAGUACAAUCAGAAGAGUAUGAGGAAGAUUUAACCUGUAUUGGGUUAUUUCGUGAUGAAACGAAAGUAGUUGUUGGAACUAACAAGGGGAAAUACUUAAUUUUCAAUUGGAAUCAAUUUGGACUUCAUAGUGAUGUUUUUCCUGGACCCAAACAUCCUAUCAACGCAAUAGUACCAAUAACUGAGAAUAUUGUUGUGACAGCUCACGAUGAUGGAAUUAUAAGAGCAACUCAUCUUUUCCCUCAUAGACAUCUAGGGAUAGUUGGUCAACAUGAAAAUAGUAUAGUUGAAACAGUUGAUAUUUGUAAUAAUGGAACAUUCAUUGCUUCAUUGGGUAUGAAUAGUGACAUUAAUUUUUGGAAUAUCGAGUACUUUGCAGAUUUUGACAAAGUAAAUAAUAAACACAAUAAACACGAUUCUAAAAGAGAAAUGAAAAAUAAUUUACCAUCUUCAAAAUAUGGAAAUGCAUCAAGUUUUUUCAGUGGACUUGUAGAUGAAGAAUCAUGAAUUUUGUAAAAAAUAUCUAUUUGUAAAAAAAUGUUUAAAAGUUAAUUUCAAAAUAUUAUAAAUAAUAAAUAAAUUAUCACAGACAA